GGCUUUGUGGCCGCUGGGCGGGGCGUGCCGGGCCGGCCGGGCCGGGCCAUGGCGCUGCUGCUGGAGCACGAGUUCCGGCCGCUGCCGCCCGACGGGCAGGUGGAGACGCUGCCCUUCCUGGAGGCCGUGGCGCACCUGCCGCCCUUCUUCGACUGCCUCGGGACGCCCAUCGUCUACUCGCCCGUCAAGGCUGACCUGGCUGGAAACAUCAAGAAGAUCCGGGCGGUUUACGACUCCGACCCCGCCAAGUUCAAGACGCUGCAGGACAUCCUGCAGGUGGAGAAGGAGAUGCACGGCUCGGCCUGGCCGAAGACGGGCGCCACGCUGGCGCUGAUGUGGUUGAAGAGGGGCCUGAAGUUCAUGCUGGUGCUGCUGCAGAGCAUCUCCGACGGCGAGCGGGACGAGGAGCACCCGAACCUCAUCCGGGUGAACGCCCUGAAGGCUUACGAGGUCGCGCUGAAGAAGUACCACGGCUGGAUGCUGCAGAAGCUCUUCAUGGGCUCUGUCUACGCGCUCCCAUACAAGUCGGAUCUGCUGAAGGCUUUAGAGAAGGGCAAAGAAGUCAAGGAGGAGGAGAGCAUCGAGAAGAUCCAUCAGUUUGUCUCCAGGGUCACCCCCAUCCUGGAUGCCAUUUACGAGAUGUACGCCAAGAUGAACGCCGAGCUCAGCUACAAAGCCUGACGCUGGCACGGGCCGGGGGCGCGCUGGGUGCCCCCCGCAGGCAGCCCCAUCGCUGCGGCCGCGGGGCUGCUCCCGGCUGCCGGCCGGCUGUGAUUCCGCUCCGGAUCUCCAGCAGCUAGCCUAUUUUCUAAACAAAUCAGUUAAUUUUCUAUCGAGAAUCUGGCAAUAAACCAGGGGCGCCCUGGCUCAUCUCAGGAUUUCCCAAGCUUUUGUACUAAGGAAGACAAACAAGCGCUUCUGGUCCUCGUGCAGAGCAAAUGAGAGGAAUGAAGCGUGGCUGGCGGCAGCGUCCCGCUGAUGCAGUUUCGGCUCUGCCCUCGCUCUCGAUGCACCUCCGCCUCCUGGCCUGUGCCUCUGCCUCCUCGCCUGUGCCGCUCUUGGACCUUGCAGCACCCCGGAGCACAGCACCCAGCAGGAGCACAGCACCCCAUAUGAUGCCAGCAGCACCCGUUGCGGAGGAGCCGGCGACCUCCCUGGGUGCCCCCAGCCCCGUGAGCAGCGGCAUGGGAGCAAGACCUCCCGGCGGGAGCGAGACCCCUCGGUGGGAGCGAGACCCCCGGCGGGGGCUGCAGGACCCCUCCCGGCGGUGUUUCGGAGCGCCCGGUGCCUUGGCGUGGCGAUGCCCGACGGCACGAACUCAAUAAAUCUCCGUUAACCUGG